AUGGGACCGUCUCCGAGUGAUGUCGCCUUUCUUCUUCUUCUGUCCCUCGUCACGCUCUAUGUCCAGACCUACAUCUUUCCGUUCGAGCAGCCAAUAGAGCUCACAGACCCUUCCAUUCGCAUGCCCCACAAAAAGGACAUCGUUCCCAGUCACACUCUCCUCUUCGCCUCCCUCCUCGCCCCGCUCGCCGUCUUCUGCGCCGUCGAACUCCGCGGCCUCUCGAGCAAACGAACGUUGCUGCUACUCUUCUUCACGGCAUUAUUCGAAGGCAACUUACUCACCGUACUUGUCACAAACGUUCUCAAACUUCUCAUCGGCCGACCGCGCCCGUAUUUCGCCUCUGUCUGCGUGGGAUACGUCGCAGGCUCUGAAACGCAAUGCACAGGCGAUGCAGAUGCUGUGAAAGAGGCGCGCAAGUCGUUCCCGUCGGGUCAUUCUUCCCUUGCGUUUUCUGCGGCUAUCUUUCUGGCGUGCUACCUGGGGACGAAGUUCGGCAUCGGAAAGGCGUCCAGCACCACCCAGUCCUGGAAGAUAUGCGCCGUGCUCGUACCGCCCUUCUUCGCCGCGCUUGUUGCAGCUAGCAGAAUCGUAGACUUUCAUCACCACUACGCAGAUAUAUUAGCCGGUUCGGUUCUUGGGGCUUCCAUUGCUCUUUUUGUGUUUUAUGGCAGAAGCCCGGCUAUGAUCAAGCUGAAGGACGCCAAGGAAGACGCCGACCUUGGAGCGCCUGUUCACGGGUAUGACAGCGUCGCUGUUAGUGAAGUCUGA